CGAUUGUCCACCCCCAGCUUGCCUGGAUGCGCUGUGGCAUGUAAGCCACCAGCGUAGCAAGAGUUUUCGAACGCCGAAUGUCUGGGCAGCAGCCCAAGAGCGUCCAUGUCCGUGACUCAACUCCCCCGUCCUCGGUCUUCAUGCCAGUCAUCAAAGGAUGCGCUGCGCGGAUCGCCCCUGCUGCAUCCUAUCACAAACCAUUUAGUAGUCAAACCACUGAGAUGGCAGUUUCGGAGUCCACGGUUGGGGGCUUGUCGGUGGGUGACCUUCUAGUGAAGAAAGAAAGCGCAUAAAUUGCAACUGCACCAGCUGCUUUUCAGUCUGCUCUUCCUGAG